AUGGACGUUACCUCAAAUGAUGGCAUGGAGCUUGCUUUUGAAAAAGUGGUUGAGGACCUAGGCAAGGUGGAUAACUGUGUUACCUGCGCCGGGAUUGCGCUUGACAAACCUUUUCUCGAACAUACAUGGGAGGAGUCUCGUCGCAUUCUUGAUAUCAAUGUCCUUGGGUCAUUUUUCUCGGCACAGCUGGCUGCUAAGCAAAUGGUCAAGCAAGGCAACGGUGGGUCUAUCGUUAUGAUUGCUUCCAUCGCCGCCCAUUGUGCUAUACCAUCUCAGCGAGUUUCAAUUUACGGUGCCUCAAAGGGCGCCAUCAAGCUUUUAGGGAAGACACUUGCAGUUGAGAUGGCCCCGUUCAAUAUUCGUGUCAAUACUAUCUCCCCUGGAUUCAUCGCAACAAAAAUGUCGGCACAAUUCGCGGAUCUUCAGGAGGUGUUUAGGACAGUGCCUCCAAUGGGGCGUAUUGGACAGCCCGAGGAUUUGGCACUUGCGGUAGGUUAUCUGCUAGGGGAAGGGGCAUCGUAUACAACAGGUACAGAUAUUGCAGUGACUGGGGGCUUGCACAAUGGACGCAUUGAGCUCUAA